AUGCUACAAGCAAUCAAAUAUGACCAGGGACACCUGGAGAUCCUGGACCAGCUGCAACUCCCCUUCGUCGAAAAAUACAUCCCGAUUCAGACCGCGGAAGAUGGAUGGAAUGCGAUCAAGGACAUGAAGGUCCGAGGCGCUCCCGCCAUCGCGAUUGUCGCCAUGCUGGCGCUUGCCUCUGAGCUGCAUGCCCUUCAGUCUGCAGACAAGAUCCCUGAUUCACCACAGGAGGCCGAAACGUUGAUUGCGCAGAAGCUGGAAUACCUGGUCACCAGUCGCCCGACUGCGGUGAACCUGGCCGAUGCGGCACGAAAGCUUGGGGCUGUGGUCACGACACAGGCUGGACAAGUGGGAGCCAUGGGCCCGACUGUGGUGGCGGCGUUUAUGCGCGGCGCAGAGGAGAUGAUGGGCAAGGACUUGGAUGACAACCAGCGCAUCGGCCAUCACGGGGCGGAAUGGAUCAUGGCGAAUGCGACCAAGGGCGGUUCUGAUGUGGCCGUCUUGACGCACUGCAAUACGGGCUCUCUUGCCACGUCCGGCUACGGCACUGCUCUGGGUGUUAUCCGCUCCCUCUUCUCCAAGAACGUUCUACGUCACGCCUACUGCUCCGAGACCAGACCCUACAAUCAAGGCUCCCGCUUAACCGCCUUUGAAUUGGUUCACGACAAGAUUCCCGCUACUCUGAUCACGGAUUCCAUGGCCGCGGCCCUGCUGGCAGAUCCCAAGGCCGGCGUCAACGCUAUCGUGGUGGGCGCGGACCGGGUGGCCGCCAACGGAGACACGGCCAACAAGAUUGGCACCUACAGCCUCGCAGUUCUAGCCAAGUACCACGGAGUCAAGUUCCUGGUUGCGGCGCCACGCACCACCAUUGAUCUGGCAACCAAAUCCGGCAACGAGAUCGUGAUCGAGCAACGUCCGGCCGCUGAAAUGAUCAACAUCAAGGGCCCUCGCGCGGGAGCCCCCGCGAUCGAUGGCAAUGUGACCUUGGAGACGGUCUGCAUUGCCGCUCCAGGAAUCAAUGUGUGGAACCCAUCCUUUGACAUCACGCCAGCUGCCUUGAUUGAUGGCAUUAUCACGGAGGUGGGCGUGGUCGAAAAGGGAUCGGAUGGCCUCUUCCACAUGGAUGUUCUGUUCAAUGGCUCGGCUCCUCAGGCUUGA